AUGGGUCUCGGUACAGUCGUGAGGGCCGCAGUUGGAUUGCAGACUUCGACCAAAGGCAAGACAUCUAACCCGGAGGCAGUGACUGGGACAGGCGUGGGCGAAAUGUCGCGAAGACCGCUCCUGACGCUGUCCUUACCUACGAAGCAGCCUCAUAACUCUACAUCACCUUCGCAGGCAUAUAGCUAUGGUGCCACCACGAACGUUGGUGCCUCUAGCGCGCGAAGCAGCCCUGAGCGGAACAGGAGAGAUAGUUUAUUGCGGCGGGUACCCGAAGAGGAUGUGUCCGUGGAAACUGAUGUGCCUCUGGAAGCGGAAGAGGAUGAGUGGGAUCUGGAAGAGCGGGGAUUCUACAUAGGCUCGUACCGCCGGAAGGUUGCAUUAUACACCUUCGUGCCACUGAGUUCUCUCCUCGUUUUCACAUCACUGGCGGUGCUACCGCUUAUAGUCUGGCCCAAUGAGCACCGCGGUCCUCCUAGCAAUGCGAGGUCUUUCCCAUCACCUCUUCCGGAGCUGAUACUCUCGGUCUCGUUGUGGUGUUUAUCCUACUUGCUCCGUCUCCCGCUUUUCACCCUCGCAUCUUCUACCAUCUCAUCGCCUGUGUGGCAAACAAUACUAUUCAACGUUGUCAACGCUCCGCUCAGCCAGCUCCUCCGCUUGUCUGCUCUUCCAGUCCUUCGCAUACGCCAUGAGAUGCAGUAUCCGCUUCCGACCUGGAGAGAUCCUGUGUUCCAACGAGUUUGGUGGAUCGCCCUUGGCUGGGCGCUUGCAGACGUGACAGUGGGUAUUAUGCAAGGCUACGAGCAGUUGGCGUUGUACAAGGAGGUGAUGGUUCCAGAAGAGGGGGUGCGUGACACUUUGCUUAGGUGGGGGAACGACAGCCGGUCCAGCAGUGAUAGGAACAACCGUGUCUCUGUCGACGAGAUUCUCCAAAUGAGCCCGCGUCCCGACAUCAUGGAUGGAGGCAACGUGUUGCGAAAAACGCAAUCGUGGAUUUCCAAUCCGGAAGACGCGAUCAAGUUGGCUGUAGACAAAGAUUUGGAGCAGCUGAUGCGCCUGAAGGAGAGAGAAGAGUUGGAAGAAAUCUAUGGCCUCGCCCCGAUCCACAUCCCUGUACUCAUCUCUAUGGCAGCGCUGUAUCUCCACCAGGCUCUCUUCGCUCCGGAGCCGUCUGUGCCACCUCUACUCGCUCACACCAGUGGCACCUCCAGUAGGGCUAGCUCGCCGUACACCCGACAUUUGUCCUCCGUUUCGACGGUAACCCUCCGGACUGCCUCCCACUCGGAUCACACAUAUCCUUCAGAGCCGUUUCUCCACACGCUCGGUGUAGAAUCUCCCGCAUACUUCGACCUGCUCGCAAGACAGCCGAACCAUCCGAGUGUCCCUUCAACACCGUCAAAUAUUGCUCUCAGCUUGGAGGGCGAUCCGCUCACUGAAGGUGAGAAGCGAUGCCAAUGGAUAUGCCGUAUAGAGAAGAGAUUACGGAGGUUGCAGUGGGCGAAGAGGCUACUACUCUCAACCAUAGGAGGAUGGGCCGUGUAUAACACUGUUCGAUACUACCUGGCGGCCUCACUGUAUUCCUACCGCGAACGACAAAUAAUCUUGCUUGUACUCGGGACGAGUGCCGCUCUUUCCCUCACUCUCAUUUUUACUGCUCUCAUUAUUGCACUAUUCGCUCCUCAACUUGGCUGGGUUCACAGGCCAGGUGCACCACACGUCCUUGUGCAGGCCUGUCUUAGUUUCUGUGCAUCUGCGCUUCUGCUCGGGCCUGCUAUCAUAAAUCUUGUCUUUGUUUUCUUGUGGAGACACUCGUCGAACACAGACAAUACUUUACAGGGUCGAUGUCAUUGGGAUGUGGAUGUUUUUUGGUCGGGGCUUGGGGUGCGCUGCGAACGAUCUCCUGCAUGGGGAUCCUGGGUUGCGGGUGCGGUCGUUCGCCUCGUCCUCACGUUCGCUUUCCUCGUUGCUUAUCACCUGAUCUCCUACUCCUAUGACGUCACACGACGGCCAUCCAAGCGCAAACGUCGCCUGGGCCAUCGCUCGCGGAGAAUGUCCCAUUCGGAGGCGACGUCGACGCGGUCCUCGCGCAGCUACAGAGCGGUGAUGAUGUCUCCGCCUACGAGUCCGUUGCCAGUCGCACAGAUUGGUCGUCAGCCGUCAAUCACAACAUCUGAAAGCCAUACCACAGUCGAAAGCUUAGGCAGUUCGAUUGAGCAUCGCCCAUUACGCAGUUCACGCUCGCGCAUCUCGUCGCACAAGUUCUUCGCGAGUGGCCCUCAGGAUGUUUUUAAGCUGCCCUCAGCUGUGGCAUCCGCGAAAGAUGAGAAAGCGGCCAGUUCUUCAACGGGGCAGCCGUUGGCCACAGUCGAUGCCUCUCCUGAUUCGUCUGAAGAAGACCUUCCUGUCGCGCCUGAAUUUAAUCCGUACGGACAAGAAGUGGGCUGGAUCCCUGGCGCGUACACAGCUCUCUCAUCGCCACUGUCACCCCUCUCGCCCCCUGAUUACGGGCCAUUCGUCCCAAUCGCAGACGAAGACACGAACCGUCCGUCCUUAUCUGAUGACGACCUGAGUAGCUUUGUCGAACGUUUCCGCUCACUUGUCAAUCAUGUUUCCCAUGAGACGGACGAAGGCAUCACUCUCGACAACCCUGUUUACUAUCCGUCACCUUUCGCACAUAGUCAUCGCGCAGAUCACGACAACGAGUACGUGCCUGUGCUCGGGAAGACGAUCCAUCGCAUGCCGACUAUCGAGUCGCUCGGUUCGCGCGAAGUGAUGAGUCUCGCGACGUCCAGCAUACAUCGCACAUCCCCGGGACCGCACCAUAUGUCUCGCCCCUCGACACGCUCGAACAACCUCAGCUUGAACGAUGGAGAAGUGGGGGGCAGCACGUCGUCGACACGGAGCCGUUCGAAUAGUCUUGAUGCCGCGCUAGCUUUGACGGCACCCCCAGAAAGUGUGCGAGAGGGAGACGACUAUGAAGAAGGGAAAGACUACUCAGGAAGAUCGAGCAGUCCAAGCUCCCAUUCAAGCAGUUUCGUACUCGGGAGAGUCAUGUAG